AUGGUAGCGGCCCUCCCCCAAUUUAAGGGGAAAGAUAUUUUUACCAUCGCUGUCUGCGGUAGUGCGAAGAAACACCGGCAAUCCUUUGAGGCUAUUAAACGGGCUGCGGCAAGGCAUAACACCGCACUUCGGCAGUCCGAAUCUUCUCAUUUGGCAUUAAACUUUAAUGAUGACAGUUCUGGCAUUGCGAAACCUGCAGGGUUUGACCUUGCAGGGUUGGGUUUAGCCUCAGAGGUUGAUUCUGGGGGAUUAUCAACAUCCGUACAAAUGCCACCGUGUUUUUUUCGUUUUGUUAGUCUUAAUUACGACGCCCAGGACGAGCGAAUGGUUUUAGCUCCAACGUUUGACGUCACUGAGGACUCUGCGGGUGAGAAGGAUUGUGUUCUUCCACACACGGGGGAUGGUGAUCUUAGCCGCAAAUCCGGCCUGUAUAGUGAACAUCGACACACAAACGGACAUUUGCUGGAAACUAAUAACCAGACCUCUAGUUUAUGCUUUAAUGACAGGCUUAACGGUUUAGGGAGGAAGAGUAGUGUGGACUCACACGUGCGUCCCGAGGAGGUGGACGUCAUUUUGCACAAGGUGAUCACCUACGGUUUGCCUGAGGUCACCCGCGCCCUGCAUGCGUGGUGCGAAAGGGUUUCCCAACUCCGAAUAUCAUUCAAACGACCACCUUUAAUGGUGUUAGACUCCAUUGACAAAAUGCAGGUGCUUUCCUUGCGCUCCGUGGUGUACAAGUUUCUUGACAACUUGGAUGCGGGGCAUCAUUCUUCAACAUUGAUGCCCCGAACUUUUUGGUGGGAAUCUCCUGAGACUUCGAAAACCCCCAAGUGUGAGGGAGAUCUUGGGGUUGACGGAAAUGGAGUAAUGAGCAUUUCUCCUCAGCAUGUUUUUACACCGAUAGGUACCCAUUCCUCCUUAUUGGAGUCUGAGAAACCGCACACGCACUCUGCCAGUCAUCUUUCUGGCGAAAAUUGGUGGGUUGCAAAGCCGGAUGAGUGCACAGGAUUGUCCUACACGCAUGAUUUGGUGAUCUGGAAGAGCCCAAACGCAGAAGUUUGGGUGCCACCCGAAAUCCAGGCCACACUCAACGUAGAGCCCUCCGCAUACAUCAUACAAGAAUUUUACACCUAUGCCUUCCCGGUGGUCGUCAAAGUUUACUGCGUUGGGUCGGAUAUCUUUAUAAAGGUCAAACCGACAAACAAGCUUCUGUCCUUGGUAUUGGAUCAGGUUGGUUCCAAGGAUGGUUUUGAUAAGCCUGUAAAGGUUAACUCGCAGAACAAAGCAAUUUUCUCUUUGGAAUGGCUUUCCUUGCUCGGGGCCGGGCCCGCGAGUAGGGAAUCUUUGUUGAAUUCAGUUUAUAAUGGUCAUGAAACCGAACAUCAAAUGGCUCCUCUUAGUUGUGGUGUGCAUCCUGAGCAUUGGGAGGCAUUUUUUGCCGAAGGAACCCCCGCUUGGGCCGCGGUGGUGGAUUUGGUAAAAGGGCUGUCUGGCCAGCAGGGCCUGGGGCUUCAUCUUUACGGCUUUGAUAUUCUUUUAGUGCCGUCCGCUUUGGCUCAUCAACACCAUGUUGAGGCCUAUCCGAAGGGAAUUGGCUACACGGAGGGGGCAACUGUCAGCUAUCAGCCUCCACCCGUGGUGUCUUCCACCAAGGAUCCACACCAUCCAGAAUCCAUGUUCGAUCUUCAAACGGGUGCCCCAACAACUUAUUUAAUGGGUUCGGUGCCCGUGGUCAUCGACGUUAACUACUUCCCGGGCUAUUCCGGGAUGGAAAUUGCGAUGAGGGGCAUACUAAAGCUUAUGUGGAAAUUAGGGGAUGGGGAAACACUGAGGUGUUCCCAUAAAUUACACUGA